CUUACUUCUCCGUAUAAAUUUGCUACUCUCGCUAGCUCAGAAACCCUAAGCGCCUGAGAAGAUGAAGUUCAACAUUGCAAAUCCAACCACUGGUUGCCAGAAGAAGCUCGAGAUCGACGAUGACCAGAAACUACGUGCGUUUUUCGACAAGAGACUCUCUCAAGAAGUCAGUGGAGAUGCGUUAGGCGAGGAGUUCAAGGGUUACGUUUUUAAGAUCAUGGGUGGUUGCGACAAGCAAGGUUUCCCAAUGAAGCAGGGAGUUUUGACUCCAGGACGUGUUCGUCUUUUGCUUCACCGAGGUACUCCUUGCUUCAGANACUCUCGCUAG